CCCUGCAGGUGUGGCUUCCAUGGAGCGCCUCCUGUCCCGCCUGUGCGGCACCAGCGUCGCGCGGCCGCUCCCGCUGUGGGAGGGGGACACAACGGGCCACUGCUUCACCCAGCUGGUGCUCAGCGCCCUGCCCCACGCGCUCCUCGCCGUGCUCAGCGCCUGUUACCUGAGCACUCCGAGGAGCCCCGAGUACAUCCGACCUUGCAGCCCAGGCUGGCGCCUCCGACUCACCACCUCCUUUCUGCUCUCCGCCUUCCCUCUGCUAGACCUCCUGCCAGCCGCCCUGCCACCAGGGGCUGGCCCAGGACCCAUAGAGCUAGAGGUGUUGGCAGCGGGUGUGGCCACUGUGGCCUGGAUCAGCCACAGCCUGGCCCUGCAAGCGCUGGCCCGUGCCCAUCGUGGCUGCUCCCGAGGGCCCUUGGCCUUGGCACUGGCUGCGCUCCUGCCCACCCCAGCCCUGGUGCUGACCCUGCUGUGGCACUGCCAGCGGGGCACACUUCGCCCCCCCCUUCUCCCAGGACCCCUUGCCCGCCUAUGCUUUCUCAUCCUGCAGCUGACUGCCCUCUUAGCCUACGGACUGGGCUGGGUAGCUCCCGGGAGACGGCGGGAACCCUGGCCCGAGGAACCCCUCCUUUCUGAGGGUCAGGAGCCUGAGGUGGCUGAAGAUGGGGAGAGCUGGCUGUCCCGCUUUUCCUACGCCUGGCUGGCCCCCCUGCUGGCCCGUGGGGCCCGGGGAGAGCUCCGGCAGCCCCAGGACACUUGCCGCCUCCCCUCCCGGCUACACCCCACUUACCUGGCCCGUGUCUUCUAUGCACACUGGCAGGAGGGUGCCCGACUGUGGAGAGCCUUGUAUGGGGCCUUUGGGCGGCGCUACCUGGCGCUUGGACUGCUGAAGCUGGUGGGAACCAUGUUAGGCUUCUCUGGCCCCCUGCUGCUGUCCCUACUGGUGGGCUUCCUGGAGGAGAAGCAGGAGCCCCUGAGCCAGGGCCUGCUCUAUGCCUUGGGGCUGUCCAGCGGGGCUGUGCUGGCAGCCUUACUGCAGAACCAGUAUGGCUAUGAGGUCCGGAAGGUCACGCUUCAGGCCCGCGGGGCCGUGCUGGACAUCCUGUACCGGAAGGCACUGCACCUGGGGCCUCGGCGGCCUCCUGCUGGGGAGGCUCUGAACCUCCUGGGCACCGACUCUGAGCGGCUGCUCAACUUUGCCGGGAGCUUCCAUGAGGCCUGGGGCCUGCCUCUGCAGCUGGCUAUCACCCUCUACCUGCUGCACCAGCAGGUGGGCAUAGCCUUCGUCGGCGGUCUGGCCCUGGCACUGCUGCUCGUGCCCGUGAACAAGGUGCUUGCCACACGCAUCAUGGGCAGCAACCAGGAGAUGCUACAGCACAAAGAUGCUCGGGUCAAGCUGAUGACGGAGUUGCUGAGUGGCAUUCGGGUCAUCAAGUUCUGUGGGUGGGAGCAGGCGCUGGGAACCCGGGUGGAGGCCUGCCGAGCUCGCGAGCUGGGCCGUCUGCGGGUCAUCAAAUACCUGGAUGCGGCCUGUGUGUACCUGUGGGCGGCCCUGCCCGUCGUCAUCUCCAUCAUCAUCUUCCUCACGUACGUCCUCAUGGGGCACCAGCUCACCGCCACUAAGGUGUUCACGGCCCUGGCCUUGGUGCGCAUGCUCAUUCUGCCCCUCAACAACUUCCCGUGGGUGAUCAAUGGGCUCCUAGAGGCCAGAGUGUCCUUGGAUCGGAUCCAGCAUUUCCUCGACCUUCCAAACCACAAACCUCAGGCUUAUUACAGCCCAGAACCCCCGACAGAGCCAUCGGCGAUAUUGGAGCUGCGUGGAGCCCUGUUCUCUUGGGACCCGGUUGGAACCAGCCGGGAGACCUUCAUCCAUCACCUUGCAGUGAAGAAGGGCUUCCUGGUGGGCAUCGUGGGGAAGGUGGGCAGCGGGAAGAGCUCACUGCUGGCCGCCAUCGCUGGGGAACUCCACAGGCUGGGUGGACACGUGGCAGUGCCAGGGCUGUCCAAGGGCUUUGGCCUGGCCACCCAGGAACCCUGGGUCCAGUUUGCCACCAUCCGAGACAACAUCCUCUUUGGGAAGACAUUUGACGCCCAGCUGUAUCGAACGGUGCUAGAGGCCUGCGCCCUCGGCGAUGACCUGAACAUCCUGCCUGACGGAGACCAGACGGAAGUAGGGGAAAGGGGGGUGACCCUCAGUGGCGGGCAGCGGGCCCGGAUUGCCCUAGCUCGUGCUGUCUACCAGGAAAAGGAGCUCUAUCUCCUCGAUGACCCUCUGGCCGCUGUAGAUGCCGAUGUGGCCAACCACCUGCUGCACAGGUGCAUCCUGGGAGUCCUGAGCCACACCACGCGGCUGCUUUGCACCCACCGCACCGAGUACCUGGAGCAGGCUGACAUCGUGCUGCUGAUGGAGGCUGGGCACCUCGUCCGCACCGGACCGCCCUCUGAGAUUCUGCCAUUGGUGCAAGCUGUCCCCAGAGCCCGGCCUGAGGAGGGGCAGACAUCGGACUCAGGUGUGGCCCAGGGUGCGGGAGGAAAGGACUCGCUCCCUCACCAUCAAACCACAGAGAAAGCCCCAGGCCAGUCUGUGUGGGACCCAGAGAAGGCAAAGGCGGGGCCCGUGGUGGAGGAGAGUGCUCCCAGCCGCCUGCUGCAGGAGGAGAGCAAGAAGGAAGGGACCGUGGCCUUCCACGUGUACAGGGCAUACUGGAGGGCCGUGGGCUGGGGCCUGGCCCUGGCCAUCCUCCUUUCGCUGCUGCUCAUGCAAGGCACACGGAAUGCUGCGGACUGGUGGCUCUCCCACUGGGUCUCUCAACUGCAGGCAGCCAGGAAUAGCUCCCAGGAGGCGCCAGCCCCCAGCAGCCCGGGCUCCUCGGGGCUCAUCUCCCCACAGCUGCUCCUCUUCUCACCCGGGAGCCUCUACGCCCCAGUGCCCCCGCUGUUCCAAGCUGCCCCCAAUGGCUCCUCCGACGUCCGUUUCUACCUUACCGUCUAUGCGACCAUUGCCGGCAUCAACUCCCUCUGCACCCUGCUCCGGGCAGUGCUCUUUGCCGCGGGCACCCUGCGGGCAGCUGCCACCCUGCACCGCCGCCUGCUGCACCGAGUCCUUAGGGCUCCAGUGACGUUCUUCGACUCCACCCCCACGGGCCGGGUCCUGAACCGCUUCUCCUCCGACGUGGCCUGCGCAGACGACAGCCUGCCCUUCCUCCUCAACAUCCUCCUGGCCAACUCGGUGGGGCUUCUGGGACUGCUCGCUGUGCUGGCCUCGGGCCUGCCCUGGCUGCUGCUGCUGCUGCCGCCCCUGAGCCUCGUGUACUACCACGUGCAGCGCCACUACAGGGCCUCCUCGAGGGAGCUGCGGCGCUUGGCCAGCCUCACCCUGUCCCCUCUCUAUACCCACCUGGCCGAUACCUUGGCUGGCCUCUCUGUUAUCCGUGCCGCAGGGGCCGCCUCCAGGUUUGAGCAGGAGAACCAGCACCUCCUGGAGCUGAACCAGAGGUGCCAGUUUGCUGCCAGCGCCGCGAUGCAGUGGCUGGACAUCCGGCUGCAGCUCAUGGGGGCCGCCGUGAUCAGCGCCAUCGCAGGCAUCGCCCUGGUGCAGCACCAGCAGGGCCUCACCAGCCCAGGUCUGGUGGGCCUGUCACUGUCAUAUGCCCUGUCGCUGACCGGCCUGCUGUCCGGCCUGGUGAGCAGCUUCACCCAGACGGAGGCCAUGCUGGUGAGUGUGGAGCGGCUGGAGGAGUACUCCUGCGACCUGCCCCAGGAGCCUCACGGCCACUCCCUGCAGCUGGGCAUCGGCUGGCUGACCCAGGGGAGUGUGGAGUUCCAGGAGGUGGUGCUGACCUACCGGCCAGGGCUGCCCAAUGCCCUGGACGGGGUGACCUUCCGCGUGCAGCCCGGAGAGAAGCUGGGCAUCGUGGGUCGCACGGGCUCCGGCAAGUCCUCCCUUUUGUUGGUGCUCUUCCGCCUGCUGGAGCCCAGUGCCGGCCGAGUGCUGCUGGACGGCGUGGACGCCAGCCAGCUGGAGCUGGCUGAGCUCAGGUCCCAGCUGGCCAUCAUUCCCCAGGAGCCCUUUUUGUUCAGUGGGACCAUUCGUGAGAACCUGGACCCCCGGGGCCUGCAGGAGGACAGGGCCCUGUGGCUGGCCCUGGAGCAGUGCCACCUGAGAGAGGUGGUUGAGUCCAUGGGGGGUCUGGACUGCGAGCUGAGUGAAGGGGGCCGGAGCUUGUCCCUGGGGCAGAGGCAGCUGGUGUGUCUGGCCCGGGCUCUCCUCACAGAUGCCAAGGUCCUGUGUAUUGAUGAGGCCACGGCCAGCGUGGACCAGAAGACGGACCAGCUGCUCCAGCAGACCAUCCGCACCCGCUUUGCCAGCAAGACCGUGCUGACCAUCGCCCACAGGCUCAAUACGAUCAUGAACUCAGACCGGGUACUGGUGCUGCAAGCAGGCCGGGUCGUGGAGCUGGACUCCCCUGCUACCCUGUGCAGCCAGCCCCGCUCGCUCUUCCAGCAGCUGGUGCAGAGCAGCCAGCAGGGAGCCCCGUCCUCCACCUGAGGGCCUGGGUCUCCCCUCCGUCUACUGCAGCCACUGGGCCGGCCCAGAGGCCGAGACCACUGAGAGCUCCCUCACCUCCUUCAGCAGGGAGGCAAGGCACCCAGACACCACUCCUCCCAGGUGGGUGGGUCCCAGAGACGCCUCCAGCACUAGGCUUCUGGGUCUCUCGCAUCUGGGACUGCAGGCAGCCAUUCUGGGGCUCGGAGCCCACUGGCAUGUUCAUAGUUUUAUUUGAUAAAAUUCCCAUCUUACAUUCUGUGUAUUAAAAAAAUAGUAUUUCUGGUG